CCUAAAGCCUAAAAGGUAGAAAACAGAAAUUUAGUUUUCAAGAGGAUUUAGUAAGAGAGAGUGCUUUACUUUUGAGAAAUUUUUUAUAUUCUUUUAUCAAAGUUUGCUUAUUUAGUUUGAGACGAUGGGAGUUUUGCAAGAAGAAAGUUUAAGCAAUUGUGCUUUGCCAUUGUUAUCUCUAAACCAUGUAUCAUACCUUUGUAAGUCAGUUACAGAAUCAGCUAAGUUUUAUCAAGAUGUUCUUGGUUUUGUUCUCAUUAGAAGACCUUCUUCUUUCCAAUUUGAAGGAGCUUGGUUAUUCAACUAUGGAGUUGGGAUUCACUUGUUACAAUGUAAUUCCAUUAAUGAUGUCCAACAAAUGCCAGCAAAAAUCAACCCAAAAGAUAAUCACAUUUCUUUCCAAUGUACAGACGUUGAACUUGUAAAGAAGAGACUAGGAGAAAUGGGGAUGAAGUAUGAAACCGCCCUCGUUGAAGAGGGUGGGGUUUUUGUUGAUCAGAUCUUCUUCCAUGAUCCAGAUGGUUAUAUGAUUGAAAUUUGCAAUUGUGAAAACAUCCCAAUUCUUCCACUAUCUGCAAGUGCAUGUCCUGUUAAGAAGCCCCAAAUCCAAUCUUAUGUAAAUGACAAGAAGAGUAAUCCGCAACGAUCUAUGGCCACCACAAAAGCCCUCAAUGCUGCAGAGAUGGAAACGCGGAUGGUGGAAAGCUUGUUUGCCAACAUGAUCGAUAUUGCCUUGUAGAGAUUCCAACUUCAUCCCAAAAUUUAUAUUGUUUGUAAAAAA